ACCUCGGGCGGCUGAGCUCCUGGGUGACACCCGUUGCACAAGGGUCCGUUGCGUGGACUCUGGAGUAACAUGACGACGCCGGACGGAUGACGAUCAACCUCUGAAACACCCUCUUUCAUAACAACAUGCUCUCGUUGAACUGAUCCUCAACCACAGAUUAUCCUCAAAUAAUACACCCGUUCCCUCAAGCUUUCGUGGAUCCGAAUCAGCUCGUAGCUACAGCCAGCUCUUCCUAGCUAACUAUCUCCACCUUAUCCUACCUCUCGAGCUUCCCGUGAAGGCAGAGAUAACGUCGCGACCAUGGCUAUCGAACCGUAUCUCCUAUACACGGUCGCGAUCAUCUCUUUGGGGACGUUCCAGUUCGGCUACAACAUGGCCGAGCUAAACGAGCCCCGCGACGCAAUGAGCUGCCCAUCCAUCAACACGGCGACACCUGUCGACGGCCUCCCACCAUGCAUUCCCAUGGCGUCCUGGGAGUUUGGCCUCGUCACGUCGAUUUUCGCUGUGGGCGGUCUAUUUGGAGCCCUCGCGUCUCAGCCGAUGGGAAACCGCUAUGGUCGCCGGGCGACACUGGUUCUCAACUCGAUUGGAUUCAUCGUUGCCGGUAUGAUGAAGGCUCUGGCCCCCAACGUGCCCGUGUUGGCGCUGGGGCGGUUCAUUAGUGGACUCAGCAGUGGAGCUGCUGCGGUUGUCGUGCCGCUUUAUGUCAACGAGAUUGCGCCGCCCGAUGCGAAGGGUAAAUUUGGGGCGUUCACUCAAAUCUCGAUCAACAUCGGUAUCCUCACGACGCAGAUUCUGGGACUGUUCCUGAGCAAGCCUCAGUACUGGCGUUUGAUCCUCGUUGUUGGGGCUGGGAUUGGAAUUCUUCAGGGAGUUCUUCUCCUUGGAGUCCCGGAAUCGCCAAAGUACCUGGUCUCGAUCGGAAACCGUAAUGCGGCGAGAAACAGUCUUGCCAGGCUUCGGGGCUCGGCGAACUCGGGGAUGAUUGAGGAUGAAAUCCGCGAGGAGGAACCUCUGACUGGCGCCGUGGCCGAGAACACCUCCAAGGUGACAACUUGGGAAUUCGUCACGAGGAAAGAGCACCGCAAAGGUGCACUCAUCGUGUGCGGUCUCAUGUUCGCGCAACAGCUGCUGGGUAUCAACGCCGUCAUCUUCCACGGCGUAUCGGUCCUGAAGACGCUCCUUCCCGACGCCGCCGGCUACAUCAACGUCGUGAUCUCAGCCGCCAACCUUGUCAUCACCUCUGUCGCAUCCAUGUUCUUCGACAAGGUCUCGCACAAAUUCCUGCUGAUCGCCUCUAUGCUGGGAAUGGCGACGUUCUCGUGGCUCCUCGCCGCCGGCAUCGCGUAUGGCGUCGCAAUGCUUAGCGCCAUCGCCUGCUUCAUGUUCGUCUCGAGCUUCUCGAUCGGACUCGGCCCGCUCCCGUGGAUGGUCGCCAGUAAGACUGUUAGCUACAGGGCUGUGGAUGGCGCGCAGAGCGCGGGUCUGGUCGUCAACUGGAUCGGAACGUUUAUUGUUGCGUUCGCCGUCCCGAUCCUGCCCACUGUCGUCUCGUUUGUCGGGUUCGGCGUCAUUGGCUUUAUCAGCGCGGCUACGGUGUGGUAUGGUGUUGAGGCGUACUAGCGGGAUGGGGUGUGCGGAGUGCGAUAUCACGUGGGGGAUACCGGGUGUUCAUGUUGAUUGCGAGGAGGGAAUGUUGAAUUGAAUGCUUGGACUGAUCACCGUGAGUGUGACGUGCGGUUUCGUGGGUGAAUGGCCACUGCCACACGGUAUUUAGACUGUUGAAUGUAACCACAAACUUCCAAGGCGAAUUUAUCACUGCAGAUCCUAUGUACUACUCAAGUCUCGAAGUCGGUAGGUAGCCACGGUGCGUGCCACAUGGG